AUGAAACCACAAAAAACGGAAUUUCAAGUAGUGAAAAGGGUCAGGGAAUACUGUCUGGCAACUGGUCAACAUGGAUACAAAUUCAUCGCGCUUCCAGGCCAACAGAUAUUGGAAAGGAUCCUGUGGGUCGUCGUGGUGCUGGUAGGUCUGGCUGCGUCUAUCGUCAUGCUGUGUGCUGCGUGGGGAAGGAAGGACAUGAACUCGACCCUCAUCGCUUUGAACACAGCCCACUACCCUGUCUGGAACAUAGAGUUUCCGGCCAUCACUCUCUGCGGUCUCAACAGAAUAAAGAAGUCAAGAGCCAUUAUUGUGGCCAACGAAUGGACACUGCCUUCUGGUGUGACUCGAGAUGAAGUAUUUAAUGACCUCAUCUUCCUCUCACAGCUAAUCGAUAUGGAUGAAUCUAACGCCACAAAAUUCGGACGUUUACAGUCUGUGUUAGAUAUGAACAACAUUACUGCAACGGUCGCGUUGCGAGAGGUUAUGCUCCCCUGUGAAGAGCUUCUGGUAAAAUGCAAGUUCAAGGGAAAAAUGAUUAACUGCAAGAAAGUAUUUCGCCUUCUGGAGACACCUUACGGUUUCUGUUGUUCCUUCAAUUACCACGCGAACAAACCGACUACAAAGGAGUUAAUAGACACUCCGUCUGGUAUAACAGACAGACACCUACCCUACAGGAUGAGCGCCUGUGGCCACCAGUUGGGUCUCACGGUGCUAGUACACAAUCACAUCGCGGACUACUAUGAUGCUUCAAUGGCAUCUUAUGGCGUAAAGGUUCUGGUGCACAGCCCGUACGACUAUCCUGGUGACAACACUGACGAGGUAAUGCUGAGUACAGGCAGAAUGACGCUGGUAUCUGUGUACCCUGAGGUGUUCCAGACCACAGCGGACGUGAGAGAGAGCAGCCUGCAGGGUCGCCAAUGCUUGCUGUGGGAGGAGCGCAUCUUGAGGAGCCUUCAGCGGUAUUCCUACAGUAACUGCUACUCCGAGUGUCGACAGAACUUCUCCAUACACUUAUGUGGCUGCUCACCUUUCUACUACCCAAAUCUUGUUUUGUUAUCUUUUGCUGUGGGCUCUUCAACGCUGCCAGAGAAGUUGUGCUAUUAA